GUCAGAACCAAUAGAUCUCUAAUAUUCUCUGAUCUGAAAACUAGAAGCAGCUGUUGAGACAGAAGGGUUGUUCUGGUCACUUGAAUUUCCAUAUACAUUUUAUGAUUAUUUUGAAUGGAGAACUGUACUAAAGCUACGCCUUUGGACCCUGGGCCUGUCUAUUUCUUUGAUCAGUUGAAACCUAAAAGGAAAACAUGGAAUAAGAGAACCUGCAAAGCGCAGUUCUCUCACCUGCAAGACACCUCAGGAUCUAAUCAUCGUCUUGAAAAGAAAAAAAAAUCAAAAAAACUAAAGAAAUCACAACUAUUUGCAGUAGCUGCAUCUGAAAAAGAGGAUGAGUUCCAUUCACCCAGCAUCUCACAGUCUUUUAGUGUGCCCAAGCUCUCUCCAAAUCUUAAUUUCUCCAAAGUACACCUGCAAAAGAACCUAUUGGAAGAAUACAAACUCAUUGCUCCUGAAAUACUGUGUGAACUCGGGGAGACAUUGCAGAAAUAUGCUGAGUGUAACAUUACUUUCCCUGUGGGAGUUGAAAAUCUCAUGAAUUACACUUGGAAAGAUCUUACUGAAGAUGCUCAUAGAUAUGUAUCCAAAGCUUCAACAUGCGGGCAAGACAAAGCCUUGCAAGGAAAUUCCAAUUUCAUGACCAUAGUUGACUUAAUUGGAUGCAAAAGCAGAAGCUGUUCAAGAAUAGAAUGUCAUAAAGAAAAUCAUCUGGUUAAAGCAGAAAAAGACCACCAUGUUACACCAAGUAAAUCUAUGGAAAAAAUAUCUUUUGACAACCAAAACCAGGAGAGCAGUUUACCUGUUGUCAUCCACUUCUCACUUUCAUCCAAGAUCUGUUUUGAAAAUGGUUGGAUCUUUCAACAUCCUUACUCAAAAUUGGAAAUUCUGAAGUGGAAGACAAUCCUCAGUAUUGCUGUGAAGAGACUACAAGUAGCCAUAAUUCAAAUAAAAACAGAAGAAGCGAAGCUAAAGAAAGAGGGUUUCAACAAACAACUCAUCCUGCGCCACUACGACGACGAGCCCGAGAGCGAGCGGGGGAGCGUGGGUGACCCCAGCCCCCCGAGUUUCUGGCAGGAGCUGCUGGAGAGGAAGCCUCAGAUGCCAGUCGUCAGGGAGGCUGACCCCGAGAUGAAAAAAUUCCAUUAUGCCCUGGUAGACGGCUCCUCUCUUACCUACUAUCCCUCUGGCCGUCUAGCUAUCUGCCAAAGCUAUUCUGACCUUCCUCGGGGUGGCAUGUAUACCAACAUAUUCAGUGACUUGCCAAAUCAAGUUAUCCUUGGAACCUUUACACCUUUUGGAUGUGGUAGCAUUUCUUUUCCUAAGAGAAAAAUAACAGCAGUGAUGUUUAAUCAGGACGGAGGCAUGGUGAUCAGCAAAAAAGGAAAAAUCAUAAGGGAAUGGAUGUGGCCUUCAAAGGGAAAACUUGAUGAUCCAGUCGAAAUUCGGGAUCAAGGAUUCCAAAUUCAAACAAUAGAAGAAUGA